AUGAUUCGAACUCUUAAGCGGGACCUAACCAUUCAAAGGUCACAGUCCUUUAACUUCCGAGGACUGGUUGAGGAUUCAGGACGUCAGACACAUAGCAUGAUCCUUGAAAGUACCAAUGGUGGAUCCAUGGAUGAGAAACUACAGUUUAGAAGUCAGGGAUCAAGAAAUCCGAAUUGCCCGUUGGGACGCCAACAGAUUGGAUCCGCACUUAGUCGCUCCACUGAGCCCAAGUCACGCUUGAGUAAGGAAGGAGGUGCAACUCCCCCCCAAAGCAAAGACAAGAACUUCAUUAAAAAUUUUCUUCUUUUUGGUGGGUUUAUUUCAGAUACGGAGUUAAUGAAAGAAAGGUUUGCCAAGCUUCUAUUGGGUGAAGAUAUGUCAGGAGGAGGGAAAGGUGUUUCUUCAGCCCUGGCUUUGUCCAAUGCCAUUACCAACCUUGCAGCUUCUGUCUUUGGGGAGCAAUGGCGAUUGGAACCCAUGUCUGCUGAGAGGAAAGCAAGGUGGAGAAGAGAAAUUGGUUGGCUUUUAUCUGUCACUGAUCACAUUGUUGAAUUUGUUCCUUCCCAACAGAAAGCCAAGGAUGGAACGACCAUGGAGAUAAUGGUGACUCGCCAACGAACCGAUCUACUUAUGAAUAUUCCUGCCCUGCGCAAGCUGGAUGCCAUGCUUAUUGAGUAUCUAGAUAAUUUCAAAGACCAGAAUGAGUUCUGGUAUGUGUCCAGAGAUGCUUCCGACGCUGAGAAAGGAAGCAGCGUGAGGAAAGAUGACAAAUGGUGGCUGCCAACUGUUAGGGUCCCCCCAAAUGGGCUCUCUGAGGCAACAAGAAAAUGGUUGCAAUCUCAGAAGGAGUCUGUGAACCAAGUGUUAAAAGCGGCAAUGGCUAUAAAUGCUCAGGUUAUAGCAGAAAUGGGAGUCCCCGAGAACUACAUCGAAUCUCUUCCCAAGAAUGGGAGAGCAAGCCUUGGUGACUCGAUUUAUCGAAGUAUUACAGUCGAAUACUUUGAUCCUGUGCAGUUCCUCUCGACUUUGGACCUGUCAACAGAGCACAAGAUUCUUGACCUGAAGGACAGGAUUGAGGCAUCGAUUGUAAUAUGGAAGAGGAAGAUGAACAAAGAUGGAAAAUCUUCUUGGAGUUCAGCAGUGAGCUUAGAGAAGAGGGAGCUCUUUGAGGAGAGAGCAGAGAGUAUCUUAAUCCUACUUAAGCAGAGAUUCCCAGGCAUCCCACAAUCCACACUUGACAUAAGCAAGAUCCAAUACAACAAGGAUGUGGGACAGUCAGUUCUAGAGAGCUACUCAAGGAUACUGGAAAGUUUGGCAUAUACAAUCAUGUCCCGAAUUGAAGAUGUUCUCUACGCAGAUUCAGUCGCCCGGAAUCCAUCACUAAUAGAGUCAAACAGAAAAUCUGCAACAGAGACAACACCAGGGACGCCGGUGCAGUUCUCAAGCCCCGGGGAAGAGAUGGAGAAAUUGAAUUCUAGGGAAGCACCCGUUUCAAUGACACUAUCGGAUUUCAUGGGUUGGCAUCUGGACCCAAUAGAAUCUGAACAAACGAACGAUUCAUCUGAAAAUCUAGAGGAGUACUUGACAGAAGACAAUGCAAAGUGGAGCAAACCUGCCAACAUUUUACCAAAGAAACAUUCCUACCUUGAGUCCUUGGGUGCCUUAAAAAGCCCAACAGCUCGUCACUAAAAAUAAACAUAGAUAAAGAAGACAAAGAAAAGGAGGAAAUGAGAGAUAAGAAGAAGGUAGAGAAAUAUAGGAGAGAAGAUGUGAGAGAGAAAAGAGUUGGGAGCUUGGAAUUCCAAAUGUAAAUGGUUAGACUCAAAACCAAAAGGAGCUUUUCAACUACAACUGGAAUCUGUCUUGUUUCAAUUGUAGUUAGGGAAGUGUGACUAUUGAGUGGCCUGAGUCUGCUUCUUAUCACAGAUAACAUGUAUUUUCAGUUUUUUUUUUUCUUUGUUUCCCAAAUUUUCAUCUCACUUCAAUUUUUACCUGUUGUUUGACUAACACUGUAACAAUGAGAGAAAACUAAUCAUCGUGACUGUUGGUUGCUAUUUCGAGCUGACAAAGAAGAAUGGACGACAUGUAAUUAUGUAAAGUAUAAACUAAAUAUAAGAAUUGAAGUCCCUCCCCAAUAAUAAUAGUAUAAUUUCACUGGUUCUGAAUAACAAGCACUGAGGUUGGUCUUGAGAAGGCUU